AUUAUAAUUGAGUUGCAAUCAAGUAUAAGCAUAAUAUUAAAAAUAUUAGAUUUAAAAAAAUGCCACAACAAUCAGUAUUAUGGAAUGAUCAAUGCAAACAAUUGGCACUGUUAGCAUGGUCAAUUGCAUGGACAGUAUUGAUUACCAUAAUAUAUGUAAUUGGGUCAAUCGCAUUUACUUUAGAUAGAUUUCCAUUAUUCAUAGCUGGCUUGAUUGCUGGCCUACUCAUACAGAUUGAAUUGGUGGGUGUGUUUGCCGGCUGGAAACGACACUAUUAUCUGGCACUGACCUACACCUGUAUCAAAACACUACUGGCAUUUCUGGCCCUAAUUGCUACUAUACUUACCGCUAAUAUACCCGGACCGGCAACGGCUAUAUUUCAACAGUGUUUUGUUGGAGCUAUUGUUGGCUAUAUUUAUAGUUGUGAACUGUCGUCACCAUCACCGGCACCGUUACCACAAAACACUUUACCACUAAUGGGAUACGCCAUAUGUAUUGAUGGCCUGACUGUUGGCUUACUUAUACUAAUUGAAUUGUUGGGUGUGUUUGCCGGUUGGAAACGACACUAUAGACUGACACUGAUCUAUACCGGUAUCAAAGCUAUACUGGCAAUGAUGGCCAUAAUUGCCACAAUAAUUACAGCGGCCAUUAACUUUCCCGGACCGUCAACGGCUGCAUUUCAACAGUGUUUUGUCGGUGCUAUUGUUGGCUAUAUUUACAGCUGUGAACUGGCACCAUCAGCACCGGGAUCAAAUCACAACAGUGAUCAUCAUGAUGAUGAUGAUGGUAGUCAACUUGAUAAUAACUGUGCGGUAUAA